AUCAAUUCUGCACCAGUGGUUACAGAAUCGGAGCAUAAUAUCGUUACUAUAUAUCCACUUAUUAAUAAUUAAUCAAACCUUGAAAUUAGCCUUAGUAUUUUACCAAGAACGUGAGCAGUACUGAUAUUUUCUUAUUUUGGUAAAAAGCUUUUGUCAACAUUAUUUUCUAUUCUAUUUCUAAAAUUUUCUAUUAUUGAUUAUUUUUUGAGUAAAAUUUGAAUGGGAAGUUUCUUAGAACCUUCAAAACACGUGAUCUUUGAUAUGCUAUCUUUGUUUUCUCAGGACAAUAUAACAAUUCUUCAAAACCUGUCCUAUUUUAUAUUGUUUCUUGAAAGUUUCAAUCUUGUCUGGUCGUUAACCCACCAGUCUUUUUCAACAUAUGUCCCAAAAGGAAUUCUGGGCGUUGUUAAAUUUUUGAUCUUUGGUGGUUUUGGCUAAUUUUUUGAUCUGGCUUUUCCUCGUUUUGGUGUUUGCUUCCAAAUUUUUGACUCAUUUCAUCAGGGGAUAAAUGAAUGAUUAAAUUUGGAAUCUUGGGAGUUUCUUGAGGAGGAUUAUUGUUCUUCUUACAAAUUUAGUCAACAGUUUCUAUUGUCUUUUUCUUGGAUAUAUAAUGCUGGUUCUUGGUUCUUCUCUGGCAUUUCAAAAUUGAUUGGUUCAUGGUUAUCUGCAUAUACUGUUUUGGAUUGAAUAAGAAGGGAUUCUUGAACCCGAAUUGUUUGAUUUGCAAAGUCAAGAAGCCUGCAAAAAUAUGGAUCUAGGUAGGAUAGGGUCAAUGGGAGAUGGGGAAUCAGAGGAGACGGAUAGAGAGGCCUCUGGAGACACUCCUCUUAUGGGUAGACCUUUCUAUCAAUCCCGUUUUCCGGGUAUGGUGAGACAAAAAGCCUAUAUAUUUGAUGGUGAUGGAAAUUAUUACAACAAAGAAUGGGACCUUGCAGAAGGCAGAGGAAAUGAAUUCUGUUGGUACCAUGUAGAACUUCCAAAAAGUAAUCAGAAACUUUCUCUAUCUGCACAAUGCCUCAUUGAUGUUCUUUGCCCUCCUUUGACACUCCAAGACAUUCUAACACUAGUUAGCAAUGGACCUUAUUGUGGCUUUGUUGAUGGGGCACUUGUCUUCAGAGUUAAUUCUCCUGGUCCUCCUUCAAGUGAUUUUACGUUUAGAUUAGCUGCCAGAGUUACCGAGAAUUCAGUUAUUACAGUGUCGUUAGGCCGGGUUCCUAGAUUGGGUUUCUCACCAAUGGGUCAAUCUCUACUCUCGGAGAUUCCUAGUGUGGAGACUCCCUCAUAUUUUGGAGGGGAGCACAAGGAACAAAGUAGGGUUGUGAUUAAGGAGCAUGUUCUUGAGUUCUUACUAACGAUGAACCACUCAGAGGAAGCCGAUAAUCCUGUUCCAAAAUCUGUCUCAAAUCUUGUUGUUCACAUUGUUGACACACAUAUUGAUCACCUUCAAGAUAUGGUGACUAAACUCGAGAUUGAGCUAGACUCUGUGGAGCUUGAACUUGACAAAGGCGGUUUUGCUUUGAAGAAACAAAUGCUGGAUGAUAGAAGAUUCCCCAAAAUGCAUAUUAAUCUGCAGCGUCUGCUACAGGUCAUUGCACAUGGGGAGCAAGUAUUUCCACGAGUAAAAGAAAAAUGUUCUUCAAAAAGCUGGUUUUCUAAUGAAGAUAUUAACUCCUUAGAAGAGUUAAUUGGAAGACUGAGGAGGCUGAAAGAGAAUGUGGGGUUCAUUGCAAAUCGUGUCACGGCAAUUCAGGCAGGUCUGGAUAGCUGGCAGUCCGAGCAAAUAAACAGGAAACUGUAUUAUCUUUCAUUUCUUUCGAUUGUAUUCCUUCCAUUGUCUAUAAUUACAGGAGUGUUUGGCAUGAACGUGGGAGGAGUUCCAUGGACAGGGCAAAGGGACCCAGAGUUAAAAGAUGGUUUCCGAAAUGUAAUGUUUCUCUGUCUGGUAAUGCUAAUUCUCCUGCUGUUAUGCUUCCUAUUCCCUUCACUUUAUGCUCGUGUAGCUGCUUGGAGGAGGAGCAGGGCUAUAAAAAGAAGCUGGUCCCUCAACAGGAAGUCAUUUCUCAAGAGAACCCGUGAAGGUGAAGAAAGAGGGGGUUACCUUCGCAUUUGAAGGAGUAGUAAAAGAACUCUGAUGAUAUCCUUGUGCUUCAGGUUCUGUUGAUUGAUCUUGAUUUAUACUCAAACCUUGCGUUGUAUCCUUAAGACAUAUAACUCCUGGAAGAAACUUCUCAUCUCAGCCUUUGAAUCAGAUUUUUUUAACUGGUUCUUCAAUGGCAUAUGCCUUCUCAAAGAUAGAGAAUUGUCAAUAAAAUCAUUGGCCCUGCCUCACAAAUUGCAGUUCUUCUCACUGCCCUCUGUCUGGAUAAGAGGUGGAGUUCUUAGAUGAGCCUGUUCUUUCAUUGAUUCUGUUCGUUCUCCAUAUGGCUUGUAAUUUAUUGAUUCUUUUUGGAAUCCUUAACACACUGUACAGAUUUUAACAUGUACCUUUUUAAAUAUAUGUACAUUAGGAUGUUCUUUUAAUCAUGAUUUCAUCUAAGAUUUGGUAAUGAAUGUUGCUUCUAAGGCGUUUCAAUC